AUGUCGAGACACAAUAGACAUGGCGGUAGACAAAAAUCGUACGGUGGAACAGCUGGCGGCGGCCGCGGUGGUGGUGGUGGUGGUGGUAGCGGCAGACAAGGCAAGAUUUUGUAUAACGCAGGUGAUGAACCUGCUUUUAUUCGACAAUUUAAAGAACGCACUGGUUACCAAGCACCAACGACGACAGAUGAUAAACGUCAACAAAUAAUUACUGAGGUCAACGAGCGUACUGGAGAUGAUCGAAAAGACGAUGAAAAACCUCAAAUCGUGCAGUUGAAUGUGAACGAUCUGAGUAAAGAAGAAGUGGAACUGGAAUUGGCCAGAGCAAAGGAAGCGGAAGAAGACAAAAAGUGCACCGAUUCGACUGGUCGACUACUUUUUCGUAAGCCGAAGGAAAAAUCUAAUGAAAGUGAGAGCUCGGCAAACAAAUCGGACAUCGUCGAUAUGGCAUCGAAUAAAUCAACAAAACGCAAAAGUUCAGAAACAAAUGCAACGAAAGACACUAGUCAAGACAAAUCCAUUGAGAAGAAGAAGACUAAAACACAAUUACUUUCAUUCAUGGACGAGAGCGGCUUCGACGGUGAUGAUUAG